AAAGUUGACCAGCAGGGCUGUCAUGUCUUUGUUGCCUCUGUUGUGAAUAGAAGAGCGGCAUUUAUGGAAAAAUAACACUUACAUGUACAGAAGAAAGUAAAUAAAACCCUACCCACAACAGUCAAACCACCCAAAAGAUGGAGGACAAGCUGAAUGGAUUCCCUGUUGUGUCCCCGGAGUAUCUUCAGCAGUGGGUUCAGUCAGCACAGCAGUUUCAGGCUCUCCAGGCACACCAGGCACAAUAUUCAGGCUACGACCCCAACCAGCAGUCCCAUUACCCCGAGGGGCCGAACGGAGAGGCAGCCAUGGCUCACAUGGCGUAUCCAGAACCGAAGAUGGAGGAGCAGGAGCCGGAAAACAUCGCAAAACCCCCACCCAAAAAAAGAGGCAGAGCAGCUCAACCUAAGGCACCCAAGCCCCCAAAAGUCCCCAAGGCACCGAAGGAACCAAAGCCACCGAAGCCCCCUAAAGAACCAAAGCCACCGAAGCCCCCUAAAGAUCCAAAGGCACCGAAAGCCAAACCGGGCCCGAAGUCCAAGAAGGGAGCCGAGGUUUCAGCAGACGGAAAGCAAGAGAAGAUCGACGAGAGCUUCAAGAAGGUGAAGAGGAAACACGACCGCUUCAAGGGAAUGUCCGAGGAGGAAGUCAUGACCAAAACUCUCCCUGACCUGCUGGAUUACAACCUGGACUACGUCAUUAUCGGUAUUAAUCCAGGGCUGAUGGCAGCUUACAUUGGACGGUGGUUCCCGGGUGGUGGAAAUCAUUUCUGGAAGUGCCUGUUUCUGUCUGGAUUCACCAAGGAGCUUCUGAACCACACGUCCGACACCAUCCUGCCUGUCAAAUACAAAAUGGGCUUCACCAACAUGGUUGCCAGGGCGACGCCAGGCAGCAAAGACCUCUCAACUAAAGAGUUUCGUGAAGGAGGUCAAAUUCUCGUAGAGAAGCUGAGGAAAUACAAGCCUCUCAUUGCUGUUUUUAAUGGAAAAUGCAUCUAUGAAAUGUUCUGCAGGGAGAUGUUUGGUAAAAAACCAAAGAAACUAGAUUUUGGUCUGCAGCCGCACAAGAUCCCCGACUGUGAAGUGGCUCUGUAUCUGAUGCCUUCGUCCAGCGCUCGCUGUGCUCAGUUCCCUCGCGCUCAGGACAAAGUUCACUUCUACAUCAAACUAAGGGAACUCAGAGACGAGCUGAAGGGUCUCCAAAAGAGCAAAGAGAUCGAGGAGAUUGAUUACAGAUUCGACCUGAAAUUGGCCAAGGAGGAUGCCAAGAAGGCGGCGAUAAAGGAGGAGCAGUACGAUCCGGGUUAUGAGGAUGCGUACGGAGGAGCGUACGGAGAGCAAGGACCUGACGGAGAACCGGUCCCACCCCCGACCAACGGUCACUGCACAUUCUCCACUGCAGAAAACACAGACCUCUGUGUGGACGGACCUCUGUGUGGACGGAGCUCUGUGUGGACGGACCUCUGUGUGGACGGACCUCUGUGUGGACGGACCUCUGUGUGGACCUCUGUGUGGACCUCUGUGUGGACGGAGCUCUGUGUGGACCUCUGUGUGGACCUCUGUGUGGACCUCUGUGUGGACCUCUGUGUGGACGGACCUCUGUGUGGACGGACCUCUGUGGACCUCUGUGUGGACGGACCUCUGUGGACCUCUGUGUGGACGGACCUCUGUGUGGACGGACCUCUGUGGACCCCUGCCAACUGUCAGCGCAACUUACAUGGUGCCGUUUAG